UCGGCUAGUGUGUGGUCAUAUCAGCGUGUGAGCGUGACGCGUUGUAUUUGGCAAGCAGGCAGCCUACACAAAGCUAGUGAAAAGUACCCGUGUUUCCAAAAUGGCUGUGGACGUUACCGUUCGAGCGAACAAUCGUGUAAUUGAUGGUUUACAAAAGGAAAAUGAAGGUGACUGGGAAGGCGGGUUCUGCUUUAUACAAGCGGCGGAUACACAGUAUGGGAUGAUUGACAGCUACGAAGAUAACGGAGAUGGUACACGAUGGGAGAAAGAAAGGCUGCUUACCAGGGAGGCUAUACGUGGAGCCAAUCGGAUGAUCCCAAAGCCAAAGUUUUUCAUUGUUUGUGGUGAUUUAGUUGAUGCAAUGCCAGGUAGUCCAGUGAAAGAUGAACAGAUACGUAAUCUAAAAGAUGAUUUAAGAUUACUGGACAAUAGUAUUCCUUUAAUUUGUGUCUGUGGUAACCAUGAUGUUGGGAACUCCCCGACACAAGAGAGCGUUGACCGAUAUCGGGAAUCAUUUGGAGACGACUUCUUCAGCUUCUGGGUUGGUGGAGUUAAGUUUCUGGUGGUGAACUCGCAGUAUUAUGAAGAUUCAAGUCAAGUACCAACAUUAAAGAAGGACCAAGACCAGUGGCUUGAUCAACAAUUAGAAAGUGAGGAUUGGAAGCACCUAGUUGUUUUUCAGCAUAUUCCAUGGUUUUUAAGGACGCCGGACGAAGACGAUGAGUAUUUUAAUAUCAAUACAGAUGUUAGAUUACCGAUGUUAGAAAAGUUUCACAAAGCAGGAGUUCGCAAAAUUUUCUGUGGUCACUACCAUCGAAAUGCUGGUGGAUUCUACCAAGAUUUAGAACUUAUAGUUACCUCAGCGGUCGGCUGUCAGAUGGGCGAUCAAAAAUCAGGUUUCCGGGUUGUAACGGUAAAUGAAAAAGACAUUCAACACCAAUACUAUGAAUUGGAUCAAAUUCCAGUAAAUAUAAAAUUACACUGAUGUGAAUUGACUGAAGAAGGCUAAUUGAUUUUUAAAGCCUGGUAAACACAAAGCAGUUUGCUCAGCCAAUGGCCUCUCCUGAUAAUUUGCCCAAUGUUUCCACAUGAUUUUUAGUGAGAAUUCUGCCUCAGAGAGACAAUGAGCCAAAUUUCUAUUGGGUAUGAUAUUUUUUGUCUCGCAAGGCAAAAUUCUCACUGUGUGUGGCUGCCUAGAGCAAACAGCUUACUCACGUUUGAUGUAACAGUUAGAUUGACCAAUCGUAAUCAAUGAAUCAAGAGGCCAACCCAGUUUUGGGUUGGGCAUAGCUGUAAGGUGACAAUCAAUGACCACGUGGGUAAGCAUUUUCCUCAUUGGUAAGGAAAGCCCUUGCUAUGC